CUUUCGUGCCCGAGAGCCCUUCCCUAGAGGAAGAGGACCUGGGCGAGAAUUCGCCCAGAGCGUCCGCGUCGCCGCCGCUGGGGAGCUGGCGCGCCUCCAGACCGCGGGGCUCUGGGCACGGCCGUCGCCCGCAGAACAUGGCGCCGUGGACGUUCUGGCGCUGCUGCCAGCGCACCGUGGGCUGGGUGCCGGUGAUAUUCAUCACCUUUGUGGUCAUCUGGUCCUACUACGCGUACGUGGUGGAACUGUGUGUGUGAAAGGCCGUUGUUUACCUUGUGGCUUUCCAUCUGUUCUUUGUUAUGUUUGUAUGGUCCUAUUGGAUGACAAUUUUCACAUCUCCCGCUUCCCCCUCCAAAGAGUUCUACUUAUCCCAUUCUGAAAAGGAACGUUAUGAAAAGGAAUUCAGCCAAGAAAGACAACAAGAAAUUUUGAGAAGAGCAGCAAGGACCUUACCUAUCUAUACUACAUCAGCUUCCAGGACCAUCAGAUACUGCGAAAGAUGUCAGUUGAUUAAACCUGAUCGUGCACAUCACUGCUCAGCAUGUGACAUAUGUAUUCUUAAGAUGGAUCAUCACUGUCCUUGGGUGAAUAACUGUGUGGGAUUUUCUAAUUACAAAUUUUUCCUGCUGUUUUUAUUGUAUUCCCUAUUAUAUUGCCUUUUUGUGGCUACAACAGUUUUACAGUACUUUAUAAAAUUUUGGACGAAUGAACUGUCUGAUACACGUGCAAAAUUCCACGUACUUUUUCUUUUCUUUGUGUCUGCAAUGUUCUUCGUCAGCGUCUUGUCACUUUUCAGCUACCACUGCUGGCUAGUUGGAAAAAAUAGAACAACAAUAGAAUCAUUCCGUGCACCCACAUUUUCAUAUGGACCUGAUGGAAAUGGUUUUUCUCUUGGAUGCAGUAAAAACUGGAGAGAAGUCUUCGGUGAUGAAAAGAAAUACUGGUUACUUCCAAUAUUUUCCAGCUUGGGUGAUGGUUGCAGUUUUCCAACUCGUCUUGUGGGGAUGGAUCCAGAACAAGCUUCUGUUACAAGCCAAAAUGAAUAUGCCAGAAGUAUUGGAUCAAAUCAGCCCUUUCCUAUCAAGCCACUUAGUGAAUCAAAAAACCGAUUGUUGGACAGUGAAUCUCAAUGGACAGAGACUGGAUCUGAAGAAGGCAUCAGAUCAGGUUUAUAGAAAUACAUAUGAACUGAUACUUUCAGUUUUAUUUGGAAGAAAAUGAUCAGUGGAAUGAAAUAAAGUAUAAUAGAAGAUAUAUUUUUUUUACAAAAGGAA